GCCAUGAUCGAGGCGGACCAGGCUACAGAACGCCCACCCUCUGCACAUGAGAAGGAUACAGCUGUGCCCGCUGUACUAAUCAACCCUGAGGACGCUGCCCCACUGGCACGAGUUUGAGGAGGCGAGGAAGUGGGUGGAGACUGAGUUGUUGAUCUCUAAGAAUAUGGACGUUAACCUGUUUGAGAGCACCAUCCGGAUUGUGGGAGUCAUGCUGAGCACCUACCACCUGGCUGGGGAUGAGAUGUUCCUGGAGAAGGCUAAAGAUAUUGGGUUGAGGUUGAUCCCUGCCUUCAAAACCCCCUCCAAGAUCCCCUUCUCUGAUGUGAACAUUGGGAAGGGCACGGCCCACACACCUCGCUGGAUGUCCGACAGCACCCUGGCCGAGGUCACCAGUGUCCAGCUGGAGUUCAGAGAGCUCAGGCGUCUUACCCACGACCCUCAGUGCCAGGAGGUGGUGAAUGAGGUGAUGAGGCUGAUCCAUAAGCUGCCAGGGAAACAUGACGGCCUGGUGACAAUGUUCAUCAACACCAACAGCGGCUUGUUCAGCCACAAAGCAGAGUUCACCCUGGGGGCCUGGGCAGACAGCUACUACGAGUACCUGCUCAAACAGUGGAUACAGAGAGGCAAGACUGAACCAGAGUUAGCACCUUUCUAUUCUGUUUGCAAAUUCCUGGAUAUCCUGGUUGGAGGAUUCCAGAUUUCUUGCUUAUUCCCUUGAUUUCUUAAACCUGGGAGUUAAAGAAAUGUUGCAUUCUACUGUAUAUUUGGUUCAAUCAGAUCACAUUCGCGUUGAGGAGACUUGUCUUGCAGCAUUACAGAUAAACUAAUAGAGAUGUAUGGGUGUGUUAUGCUCAGUCUGUUGGAGGACUACCUAGAGACAGUGGAGGGGGUAAAGAAGCACCUCCCGAGAACCACGGGCCCCAGCAAGCUGACCACAACCGCUUCAACACUAAAAUGCCUGCAGACAGACACAACUUUCUGAGACCAGAAAUAGUGGAGAGUCUGUUCUACCUGUACAGAUUCACUCAGGAAACUAAAUACAGAGACUGGGACUGGGACAUUCUAGAGAGCUUCAACAGAUACACCAGGGUGAGUCCAAUGUCUUACGCCAGAUAGCACAACAGUUCUCUCUGGACUGAUCUGUCUGAUAACUUGCAAACUUUUAUUGGAUAGAUCAAAAGUCAUUUGGCAACAAUAUGCUGCAUAACAUUAGAAAAUGUUACUAAAGUGACUUUGUCUAACAAACCCCCUGACAGUCAGAAUUUAUCUUAACAAAACUAUAAACCUGUAGGCAAUUUUUACGUUUUCUUAACUACCAAAUUCUACAUCAA